AUGGCCUUUCGGACUCUCGUGUCGCUCUACGACUUUUACCCGAAGAAGGAGCGCGAGGCGCAGAUCUUGCCCGUGCUUCUCGACGUGAUUGCGUACACGCCAUCCAGCUUUGGACGACUCGUCUUCAAGCUCUUUACACUCAACGACUUUUGUGCGGAAAGCAGCAGCGUCCUCCUCGCGGCCUUCAACCGGCUCGGGCGACACGCCGAGAACGAGGUGCGCCUUGCUUGUGCCUACAACUUUCCAGCGGUCGUCUUGUCAUUUGGCGCCAACCAAUACUCGGCGCAGCUCGACGAGCUCCUCCAAGCGCUCACGCAGGACAAGGUCGAGAGCGUCCGCAUCACGGCC